AUGAUCAGGAAUUGGAGCAUAUCCAAGAAAGUUUUAGAUGCUGUCAAGAAAAGUUCAUGGAAGUCAAGACAAUAUGCAACAGCAGCACAACAUAAAAUUAAAGAACAUCCAAAAUAUAAGCCUGAAAAUGUUUAUACUGGAUUUUUAUGUAAAAAGGUCGAAUAUAUUCCGGAAUUUAAUAUGUUUGCAAUCAUUCUGGAACAUUCAAAGACCGGGUUACAGUACAUUCACAUCGAUAGAAAUGAUUCCAAUAAUUUGUUCUCAAUAAACUUCAGAACAACUCCAUUUGACAGCACUGGAUUGCCUCAUAUUUUAGAGCAUACAGUUCUUUGUGGAUCUUCAAGUUUCCCCGUCCGUGAUCCAUUCUUUAAGAUGUUAAAUCGGUCAUUAGCAACAUUCAUGAAUGCCAUGACUGGACCUGAUUAUACAUUCUAUCCAUUUUCAUCGACAAACGAAAAAGAUUACAGAAAUCUUCAAAAAGUUUAUAUGGAUGCUGUCUUUAAACCUAAUUUGAAAUAUUUAGACUUCUUACAAGAAGGCUGGAGAUUAGAGCAUAAGGAACUAGACAACAAAAAUUCAGAAUACAUCUUUAAAGGCGUCGUUUAUAAUGAAAUGAAAGGAGCGUUUGCAGAAACUCAGCAACUUUUUGGACAAGAAUUAUUUAAUAAGCUAUUACCCGAGCAUACUUAUGGCUUUGUUUCUGGCGGAGACCCAAAAUGCAUACCAAACUUAACACAUGAUGAUCUCGUCAAUUUUCAUAAGAAAUAUUAUCAUCCAUCAAAUUCAAGAAUUGUUUCUUAUGGCAAUUUUGACUUGGACAAGAACCUUAAUUACGUAAAUGAGUACCUUAAAGAUUAUGAUAGAAUCGACAGCACAUACAGUGAAGUUCCAAAUCAAACAAAAUGGAAAGGACCUAAAAUAGCAAAAGUUAAGGCAAGAUACGAUAGUAUGGGAGCUCCAUAUGAGAAACAGAAUCAAAUUGCUGUUGGAUAUGUUAUGUCCGAUAUCACAAAUGUCUAUGAAACUUUUCUCCUUUAUGUCUUGACAGAAUUGAUGAUUAAAGGUCCAAAUUCAUAUUUCUAUAAAUCACUCAUUGAACCAAACAUUUCUGGUGGAUAUAACAGCAUAACUGGAUAUGAUCCAACAACAAAAGAUACAAUCCUUACAAUUGGAUUGCAGGAUGUCGAUAAAGAUGAUUUUGAUAAGAUUCUAGAGAUUGUUGACACGACAAUUGAUGAAGCUAUUGAGAAUGGAUUCGAGCAGAAGCAGAUUGACAGUGUAUUACAUAAUUUAGAGCUUCAAACUAAGCAUCAAACUCCUAAAUUUGGGCUAGGACUGCUUUUUAAUUUGACUCCAAUUUUGAACCAUAACGGGAACAUAAUCGAGUCAUUAAGUAUUAAUAAGCAGAUCAAGCAGUUUAAAGAUAAUAUCAAGUCGAAUCCAAAAUAUUUGCAGGAAAAAGUUCAAACUUAUUUUAAGGAUAAUCGACACAAAUUGAUCCUAACAAUGGAACCAGAUGAAAUGUACGAAAAGACAGCUUUAGAAGUUGAAAAGGCUAAUUUGGAAUCAAAAGUCAAAAAGCUCACAGAACAAGACAAAAAGAGAAUCUUUGAAGACGGACAAUUACUUGCUUCUGUCCAAAAAGCUGAAGAAGAUAUAAACUGCUUGCCAUGCCUGAAAAUUGAAGAUAUCCAAACACCGGAAAGACAUAGCUUAAUAUUCGAUAAGGUCGAGUCAAUUCCAGUUCAAAUUUGCAAGACAGACACAAACGGAAUCAUUUAUUUUAGAGGCAUUUUAGACACAUCAGUAUUAAGUGAUGAUGAGAGGAAGUUGCUGCCUUUAUUUUCAGAAUUAGUCACGCAAUUUGGAACUAAAAAGUACGAUUAUCGUGAAUUUGAUACUUUUGUGUCGACCAAAACUGCUGGAUUGUCAUUUAAUGUGCAUUUAACUGAAAAUGUCAAUAAUAAUCAAGAAUAUGAGAUUGGACUUCAAUUUGGAUCAUAUGCCUUAAAACAAAAUUCUGAGGAUAUGUUUAACAUUUUUACAGACUUGCUUACUUCCGUUGAGUUUAAUGACAUAAGCAGGUUUGAGAUGUUAUUAGAAAAUUAUCUAUCGAGUUUGUCUGUUGGAAUCGCUCAAAGUGGACAUUUAUAUGCAAUCCAAAAUGCCAGUGGAUUAGUGACGGAAGCAUCAAAAUUGAGGGAGGAAAUGAACGGAAUUGAGCAGUUGAUUCACAUCAAGAAAAUGCUACAAAGUAAAAGUUCAGAAGAGAUUCUUGCAGACAUUAAAGGUAUUCAUGAGAAAAUUUUGAAUAAACGUCCAGUCAGGUGUGCAUUAAAUGUAUCUGAAAAUGAUGCAGACGAAAGUGUUAAGCAGAUUGGGAAGUUCCUUAAUGCACUUAAAUUGGACAAAAGUGACAUUCAUUGGAAUAACUCAAACUUAUUGGCAUCAAGUUCUCGUCAUAAUGUAAUGAAUAUUCCAGUUAAUUUCUGUGCUAAAGCUAUGAAUGCUGUUCCUUACUCUCAUGAAGACUAUGCUAAAUUGAGAUUAACUGCUAGAAUUCUGUCAUCUAAAUUCUUACUUCCAACAAUUCGAGAACAAAAUGGUGCGUACGGUGCUGGAUCUAAAGUCGGUCUAGACGGCAUCUUCAGCUUCUUUUCAUACCGCGAUCCUAAUUCUGUUAAGACUUUAGACACGUUUGAUGAAUCUUUUAAUUGGAUAUCCUCAAAUAUUGAUAAAGUCAUUAACGAUCAAGCUUUAUUCGAGGCUAAACUUGGUGUUUUACAGCAACUUGAUGCACCAAUAUCAGCUAUGGAUAAAGGCAUGGAGCAGUUUAAAUUUGGAGUUACUCAUGAAAUGUUUGCAGAGCAUCGAGCUAGCAUUUUGAACACAAAUGUUAAAGACAUCAAGAAUGUUGCUGAAAAAUAUCUUUCUGAUGACAAGAAGACAGUUGUUGGACGAUCAGUGAUUGGUCCAAAAAAUGAGGGCUUGUCUGGACAAAAUUGGAUAGUAAUAGAUCAAGAAAAUAAUUAG